CAAUUAUAAGUAUCGAUGCGUUUGAGGCUUGGUUAAAAUAUAAACAUCGCACUGCAUGCCUGAAAAGACUAGUUUAUCACGAAAACAAAAAUAUAAAAUCAGUCGCCCUUAAAGUUCAAACUUCGAUUGAAAAUAUGUGGACAGGUUUUAUAUAUUUACGUGAUAGAAAUCAUACUAAAGCUUUUUUGCUGCUUCAGAUAAUAUUGACCAUUAUGAUGAUAAUUGGAAAAUAUAUCAGUGGAUACACAUUAGUAUAUCUGUUAUGUACAGUAAUUUUUUUCUUAAAUAAACUUAUACCUCCAUUGGUAAAUAUCUUAAAAAAAAUUCAACAAAAUGCAGAAUCUGAUUUUGAACUCGAAGGUCUUAUCCCAGAAGAAACUGAUGUGAAUUUAGAUUUGCUGUCUAUUGAACCAGAUCAAAAACCUAUUAGGGAUGAAAAACAAAGUCUAGAUUAUUGGAAACCUGAAGAUUUACCUUUUGAAGAAGCAAGUGACAGUUCUGACAAUAGUAGUUCAUUAGUAACUAAUUUAUCAAUUGAAAAAAUGAAAACCCUAUCAAAAGAUGUUGAGGUAUCUGACUCUAGUGAAGAUGAGUAUAUGCCACAAGCCGUCUGAUCAGGUUCAAUCUACCUUAGAUGUACAACCAGUUGGAACCUGGAGUAAUGCUGCCUUUAAUGUUUUGUCUAAUUUUGGAGGAGCUGUUGCUAAUAUGGUAUACAGUACUCAC